UGUAUCCGCAUCCGAGCCGCAAAAAUGGCCUGUGGAUUUGCAGGGCUCUGCUUACCUUGGCCGGGCUGCGGCUCCGAAACACACCCCUGGGUCCCUCCACCUGCCCUGGGCUGGGGGUCGGGGGCUGCUCGGGCCCUCCCGCCUAGGACAGGUGGAGGGUCUGCACACGAUUAUCCUCAACCUGCCCGCCUGGCUCUUACCGUCAGAGCCCUGCGCGGAUAUAAAGCGGAUGCCCCCGGGGAUUUGCAGGGCUCUACAGCUGGGAAAACUUCAAGAUCUCGCCUGGUAUCUGUGCGUGGGCUGGGACGGAGCCGUGAGAUGCUGGAACCACUGAAGCAUGAGCCUGGCAUUGCUCACUUGCUUUCCCCGCAGGAUGAGGAGCUGGUGCCCCUGUCCUGGAGAUUGCCUGCUUUCACCCGCGGCGGAGUCCGGCAGGCGAGUGCGAGAUGUUGCUCUACUCAGCCCAUAAGCAGGAGUGACCGUCUGUUGCAGAGCAGGCAGGGAUCUCCCUCUAAAUGGAAGAGGCUGAUGCUGCCAAGGGGAACUAAUGGACUGGCCAGACAGUCUUACCACCUAGCGGAACAUGAUUGUCUCUCCCAAGGGGCUGGAACUCCGGAAAGACCCAUGGAUGGGCAAAAUCAAAGUGGAACAUAGAGCCAAGAAACUUCAGCUGGGACUGGACUGUUCCCUCCAACUUUCAGUCCCUCUUAAAAGCGACGUUUCUGCUUACCAAAGAGAACGCUGUCCUGCAUAGAAAAUCUCUGUUCCUCUUCCCUUCUCUCUGUCUGCAAGCUCCACGGGGCAGGGGCCUAUACCUUCUCUUGCAUAUGAAAAUCACCUAGUACUACUCUCCCAUCAUGGGAAAUUGUUUACAGGUUCAACUGCAUCUGUAGAAAUACACAACACAAGGACUGUCCUUUCCAGAGUUUGCGUUCUUAGUAAAAACUCCCCUGUAUAGGGAAUCUGGAAAUAAAACAUCAGGAAAUAAUAAAUGCAGCAGUCAAAGCAA